AUGCCUAUAUUUUUAGCCAGCCGUUUUUCCUGGGCUCCGAUGCCCUCCGCGCCAUGGCUGGCCUGGCACAGCUCCGGACUCUUCAUCUGGAGCGCUGCCGGCUGCGCGACGCCGAGGCGGAGACUCUGGCAGAGGAGGUUGCAAAGGCUCGAAGAACUUGAUCUCCCUGUAAACUUCAUCACGGACCGUGGGGCGGUGGCGCUGGCCCGCGGCCUGGAAGGCCACCCCAGCCUGAGAUACCUCGGCUUGCCCUCGAACUCCGUUGGCCACACCGGCUUUGCGGCCAUCGCGGACCUGGUGAGGGCCACCCCGAGGCUGGUCGACGUGAACCUUCGUUUGAACAAGCCAGUCUGCCUGGCAACUGGCCGGCUGCUAGCGGCCGCCCGCAGGGCCCGAGCCGCAAAUCCUGUGGAAUUACGUCACGAGUUUGAAAGCUUGGACGCGUUGCUGCCGCGCUCCGAUUUCCAUGCCUUCGUCCUAUGCCACCUCUAUCUGAUUGUCACCUGGAUUGGGCUCAUGCCCGAUGCGCUGCGCCGGGCCUUCCUUGAGCGAUGUGCGGAGGUGGAUGCGGGUUCACCCCUGGUGGCGCCAGAUGAUGCCGUUGCGCCAGACAUCGCCAAGUACCAGCAGGACGCGGAGAUCUUUAGGCGCAGAUCCCAUUCCUUCCGCAACAUCUUUGUCAUCGAGGCCUCUUUGCGAAAGGAGACCUGGGCCUUCUUCACUUCUUUGCCAGCGGAGGUGAGGAGCUACUUGGAUCGAGUGCAGGACACCUGCAAGGAGCUGAGGCACCAAGGUGCCAACAGCUUCGCCAAGCAGGUGGCGGAGGUGCUGGGGCAGCUGGGGGUGGUGUGCGAGCUGAACCGCAUGGCCGGGCCGCUGGAGCUCCACCUGGUGGUCAAGGCCGUCGGAGACACGGAGAUUGUGUAUGAAUGUUGCGAGGCAGACGCCUACUGCGCGGCGCGACAGGAUCAGCGGACCUCUCCGCCGACGGUCGAGACCAAGUUGCGGCAAAAGCUCCUGCAGAGGAUGGGAUACCAGCUGGUGCACAUGAACGUUUGGGAGUGGAAUCGCCUGAGCGAGGCCCAGCGGAUCAACUACAUGGUGAAGCUGCAGUCCCUGCCCGCCUGA